AUGUAUAACCGCGCACUCCUUUUCUCUUCCCUUUUGGCAGUUGCCAGCGCCCAGCAGGCUGGGACACAAAAGGAAGAGAACCACCCUUCUUUGAACUGGAAGAAGUGUACGGCGGAUGGCUGCACGGAGCAGAAGGGCUCUGUGGUCCUUGACGCCAACUGGCGUUGGGUCCACUCGACCGAUGGUUACGACAACUGCUACACCGGUAACUCGUGGGAUGAGAGCCUUUGCCCUGACGACAAGACUUGCGCUCAGAACUGCGCCGUUGACGGAGCUGACUACGAGGGCACCUAUGGUAUCAGCUCUGACGGCGACGCCCUGACGUUGACCUUUGUCCAAGACUCCAACGUCGGAUCGCGGUUGUACUUGAUGGAGGAUGACAGCACCUACCAGAUGUUUAACUUGACCAACUCCGAGUUCACCUUCGACGUCGAUGUCUCAGAGCUGCCUUGUGGUCUGAACGGCGCUCUGUACUUCAGCUCCAUGGAUGCGGACGGUGGACUCUCCAAGUACGAUGGCAACAAGGCUGGUGCCAAGUAUGGUACCGGAUACUGUGAUUCGCAGUGUCCAAGGGAUAUGAAGUUCAUUAACGGCCAGGGCAACGUCGAAGGCUGGGAGGCCCAAGACAAUGACAAGAACGCCGGCACUGGCAACCAUGGCUCCUGCUGCCCCGAGUUGGAUAUCUGGGAGGCCAACAAGAUCUCCACGGCUGUCACGCCCCACCCUUGCAGCGACCUCGAACAGACCAUGUGCAAUGGAGACAACUGUGGCGGAACCUACUCCGGCGAGCGCUAUGGAGGAAACUGCGACCCUGACGGCUGUGACUUCAACCCCUUCCGUAUGGGCAACGAGUCGUACUUCGGCCCGAACAAGAUCGUCGACACCACCAAGAAGAUGACGGUGGUGACCCAGUUCAUCACUGACGACGGCACCGACUCUGGAACCCUUUCGGAGAUCAAGCGCUUCUAUGUCCAAGACGGCAAGGUCAUUGCUAACGCUGCUUCUAACAUCGACGGUGUCACGGGCAACUCCAUCACCUCCGACUUCUGUACGGCCCAGAAGAAGGCUUUCGGUGACGACAACGUCUUCGCGCAGCAGGGUGGCCUCUCCAAGAUGGGCGAUGCCAUGGCCAACGGCAUGGUCCUUGUCCUGAGUCUGUGGGAUGACCACUACGCCAACGCGCUCUGGCUCGACAGCUCCUACCCGACCAACGCUACCGAGAGCGACCCUGGUGUCAAGCGUGGAACUUGCGCCAAGGACUCUGGCGCUCCUAGCGAUGUUGAGAAGAGUGCUGCCGAUUCCACGGUGACUUUCUCGGGUAUCAAGUUCGGAGCCAUCAACUCGACCUUUUCUGCUUCGUCGUAA